CAUCGAUGUUAAAUAAACAACGAUGAAUAUUGAGCAUCCCUACCACAAACUACGGUCUUUAUUGUCUGUCAGUCAGUCAUUGACAUGAGAUUGGUGUGAUAUGUCGGUAAAAAAUGGCAAAUCGAACAGUAAAGGACGCGAAAUCAAUUCGGGGCACUAAUCCCCAAUAUCUUAUUGAAAAAAUCAUUAGGUCACGAAUAUACGACUCCAAAUACUGGAAGGAAGAAUGUUUCGCUCUAACCGCAGAACUGUUAGUCGACAAAGCUAUGGAAUUACGCUAUGUCGGCGGUGUGCAUGGUGGUUUCAUUUAUCCUACUCCUUUUUUAUGUUUGGUGCUUAAAAUGUUACAAAUACAACCUGAGAAAGAUAUUGUAGUGGAGUUCAUAAAGAACGAAGAAUUUAAAUACGUUCGUGCUUUAGGCGCAUUUUACAUGAGACUCACAGGAACCUCGGUUGAUUGUUACAAAUAUUUGGAGCCACUUUACAAUGAUAACAGAAAAUUAAGACGCCAAAAUCGAGUUGGGCAGUAUGAAAUAGUGCAUAUGGACGAGUUUAUUGAUGAAUUGCUGAGAGAAGAGCGUUUAUGUGAUGUAAUUCUGCCCAGAAUUCAGAAAAGGCAUUUUCUGGAAGAAAAUAAUGAGCUUGAACCUAAAAUUUCUGCCCUUGAUGAUGAUUUAGAUGAUGAUAUGCCAUCUGAAGAGGAUAAUCCUGAAUCUGAAACCAAAGAAAAUAGAAGGGAUAAGGACAGAAGAGACAGGGAUAGAAGAAGAGAAAGAUCACGGGAUAGAGACAGAAGAGAGAAAGAUCGCAAACGUGACCGUUCCCGAAGUAGAGAUAGGGAGCGCAGGCGAGAGAGAGAUAGAGAACGCGAGAAGGACAGGGAUAGAGAGCGAGACAGAGUAAGAGAUGUGAGAGAGAGAGAACGUGAUAGGGACAAAGAGAGGAGAGAUAGAGAUCGCCAUGAAGUUGAGAGGCGACGAGACAGAGGUGGUAGAUAUUAAAUUUUAGUGUAAGAACAAUAUUAAAUUUAUGUAAUAAGAUUUUCUUUUUUUUUAUUCAACGCUUCUAUUACCUAUAAAUCUUUUCUUA